UGUGGCGGCCUUGUCUCUCCCCCUCACCGCAGGCUUGGAGCGACACAAGACAGCGGCUGGUGAAGGGAGGAAGUCAGCUUAGGUGGAGACCCGCUUUGCAGGGACGGUGUGUUUAGCGGGCAGAGGCUGUUCGCCCGUGCUGUGUGCAGGGAACUAGGCCGCGUAGCAGAAUGCUGCAGAGUCCGCCGCUCAGAUACCUUCAGUGUUGCACUUGCCCGCUAGCCGAGAUGGCCGUCUGCAAGUUGCAUUGUGCCUCUUAUAUAAAGGCCGCAGUCUCACGUUAGUAUCAUGACAUUCAGAAGAGGAUUCCUCGUCUUAUUUGUGUUGCUGGAAAUUGCCACCAAAGCGGGAAUGUUGUGUCUUUUUUUGCGCUGGAGUGUUAGCUUUUCUCUUGUUACAUGCUGUUUACGUCUCGGGUUAGCGAGUUACGUUAGUAACACCGUGGUAACGCUAGCUCGCGGGCUACAGCGUUAGCUUCCUAAACAGCAGCGGUUAACGGGGGACUCUUGUUUGUAAAUGCGUGUCGGACUGGAAGUAUGUAAUUAAAAUUGAAUAACACAACGUAAUAAUAACCCUUUAACAAUGCAACAAACUCUGGUUGCUCUUUUACCUAGCCUGUGAGCUAAUGUUUGCUAGCUGUGUGCGCGUUUGACUACAUGGUGUUUACAUUUAGCAACCCAGCUGACCAGGUGGCUGGACCUGGUUGUCCAGGUUUCAGGAGUGUUUCGUUUGUUUUAUUUGUCCCUGUCAUUCAGCACCUUUUAUAUAAAGCGACGUUUAGCGUUAGCCACAUUAAAACUCAAUUAUAUACUUUGUAUUGUCCCGUAAUGACGAUGUUUUGAGUAAUUAGCAUGUUCACACGUAUCACAGCUCCGCUAGCAGCUUUGAAUUGUUUAUGUGAAAAGGAAAGCAUGGCUUUGUUUACACCGAUCUGGCAUUACACCUUGACCACUCUCACAGGGGAAGUGAACGGUACUAUCUUUCCAUCAGGACAACCAUUAGUGGAUAGGAUAGGAUAUAUUAAGCCUAUUAGAAGCAGGAAGCUUAGGGAUUUGAGUAAGUUUGAUGUGGCCAGUGUGGUUUGAUCCAACAGACUGUGUUAUAGUAGCUCAGACUGCUUAAGAACUUUAUUUAUUGUUUUUUCUUUUAACCAUCUUUAAUCAUAUACUUCGAACACCAUUCAGGAUAUGCAUGCUUGUUGUAAAAACAUACCUGACAGAAGGUGAAUCUUUGCAUUUUUGAAAGAAAUAGCUAGCAGGUAACAAAAUCAGGAGAAGUUGCAUUUUUUAUCAGCUGUUGAGGCACAGUGGACGUGAAGGUGAUCAAAGCUGACUUCUCCCCAGUGGAGAGAAAUUUCCUCCACUCCAUAGAUGAGAAUCCCACAUCAGUGAAAGAAGAACAAGUGGAGACAAGAGAAGAAGAAAAAGAAAACGUGGAUUUGGAGCUAUCUAUUCUGCUUCCUUCCUCUCUUUACAUUGUAACACUAAUCUCAUGUUCUGGAGACCUGGAUCGAAUCUGUCAACUCGCACUACGACGUAUUUACUUCACCGCUGGCAGAAAACAGACUUUUUUUAACACUUUAACAGAAGAAGGACUUUAUUUUUGUGACUGUGAGCGCUACCCCCUAAAUUAAGAAAUCAGCCUGUUUUUUGUAUGUUUUUUUGCUCUGUUGGAGUUUCAUUUCUAAAGAUCUGUUGCUUUUUCCACUUCCUCCUGCUUCCUGCCAGGCACGCUCACCUGGUUAGCAGCGGGCGGCAGGUGGACCGUAUUUUACCAGGCGGCAGGUUGGCUCAGGGGAGAUUGUGCUAUGAUCAACAGCUCCUUUCCGCGUUGCUCAUACUCAGCUUCUGAGGGACUCUCUGUGCGGCCCCAGGACAAGGGAUAGUAAGCUGGUUGACGACGAAGAAGAGGCGGCGGCGCUACGGCGCAGGCCAGGCAUUUACUUGGCUUACGGUUAUCAAUUUUUUUAUUUGUAUUUUUGUUAUUGUUGUUUUUUGUUUGUGGUCCGUGCAGUAAGGCCUCUGGGCCACUGCAUCUGCCCAGGCCGCAGCUAUGGUGAAGCUGGCCAACCCGGUUUACACCCAAUGGAUCCUAGAGGCCAUCAAGAAGGUCAAGAAGCAGAAGCAGCGACCGUCGGAGGAGCGCAUUUGCAAUGCGGUGUCGAUGUCCCACAGUUUGGACCGCAAGACAGUUCUGGAGCAGCUGGAGCUCAGCGUCAAGGACGGCACCAUCCUUAAGGUCACCAACAAGGGCCUCAACUCCUACAAAGACCCAGACAACCCUGGGCGCUUGUCUCUGCCGAAGCCAAAAGGCAGCGGCAGCGCAGGAGGUGGUGUAGCUGCAUCAGCGGGAGGCGGCAGCAAUAAUGGCGCCGGAGGCACAUCUCAUUCGCACUCCGGCAAGAAACCCGGACUCGACUGGAACAAGCUGAUCAAGCGGGCACUGGAGGGCCUCCAUGAACCCGGCGGCUCCAGCUUGAAAAACGUGGAGCGCUUCCUGAAGUGCCAGGCGGACGUGGCGGCCUACCUGUCGAGCAGCGGCUCCAUAGGAGCCGGCCUCUUCCACCAGCAGCUGAGGGUGGCUCUGAAGAGAGCCGUGGCGCACGGCCGCGUGGUCAAGCAGGGGCAGACCUUCCAGCUGGUGAGCCGCGGCGGCUGCCAGAACGACGGGACUGGGACGGUGUCUCUGGAAACGUUGCCGCCCGUUCGACUGCUUCCUCAUGAGAAGGACAAGCCCGUGGCGGAGCCCAUCCCCAUCUGCAGCUUCUGUCUGGGGACCAAGGAGCAGAACCGCGACAAGAAGCCGGAGGAGCUCAUCUCCUGCGCCGACUGCGGCAACAGCGGCCACCCGUCCUGCCUCAAGUUUUCCCCAGAGCUCACGGCACGAGUCAAAGCUCUGUGGUGGCAGUGCAUCGAAUGCAAGACCUGCAGCAGCUGUCAGGAUCAGGGGAAGAAUGCGGAUAACAUGUUGUUCUGUGAUUCUUGUGACCGGGGCUUCCACAUGGAGUGCUGCGAUCCGCCUCUCACACGGAUGCCCAAAGGCAUGUGGAUUUGUCAAAUCUGCCAACCCAGGAAUAAGGGAAAGACGCUUCUGCACGAAAAGGCGGCGCAGAUCAAACGGCGAUACAACGCGCCGCUGGGGCGGCCCAAGAACAGACCAGGGCGACCCUUCAAGAAGCUGGGAGGCCGAGGUCGGAGGAAGCGCUCCACCUCGGCCAACUCUUCCUCCAGCUCCUCUUGCGAAGGUUACCCCGGCGAUGACCGGCUACUUUUUUCGAUGCGCGGGGACGACGAGCAGUCCAACAGCAGCCUGCACUUCAACAGCAAGACCAAGGGCCUCAUCGACGCCCUCACCAAGUUCUUCACACCGUCGCCAGCGGGGCGCAAGGCGCGGCAGGAGGUGGUGGACUACUCGCAGCAGUGCCGCAUUCGGAAGAAGGCGGGGCGGAAAGGAGAAGGAGAUGACGGGGGUGACAAUCAGGACGGCAGCGACUGGCGGGAGGACGAAGACAAACUGCCCGGACACGAGAACCUGACAGAAAAAGACAUUGAACUGUUCAAACAUAUCCAGGAGCUGGCGCUUCAGAAAGUCGGCGUGACUGGUCCACCAGACCCACAGAUGCGCUGUCCGUCAGUCAUUGAAUUUGGCAAGUUUGAAAUCCAGACCUGGUACUCGUCUCCUUACCCCCAGGAGUACAGCAGGCUCCCCAAACUGUACCUGUGUGAGUUCUGCCUGCGCUACAUGAAGAGCCGCAGUAUCCUCUACCAGCACAUGAAGAAGUGCAGCUGGUUCCACCCUCCGGCCAACGAGAUCUACAGGAAGGACAAGGUUUCUGUUUUUGAGGUCGAUGGAAAUGUUAGCACAAUCUACUGUCAGAACCUGUGUCUGCUGGCCAAGCUGUUCCUGGACCACAAGACCCUUUACUAUGACGUCGAGCCCUUCCUUUUCUACGUCCUCACGCUGAACGACAACAAAGGUUGCCAUCUGGUCGGCUACUUCUCCAAGGAGAAGCACUGUCAACAGAAAUACAAUGUAUCAUGCAUCAUGAUUCUUCCACAAUACCAGCGCAAGGGCUACGGACGCUUUCUCAUCGACUUUAGCUACCUGCUGUCAAAACGGGAAGGGCAACCCGGCUCCCCGGAAAAGCCUCUGUCGGACCUGGGCCGGCUGUCCUACAUGGCGUACUGGCGCAGCGUGGUGCUGGAGUGUCUCCACGAGGUCCGCGACCGGCAGCUCACCAUACGGCAGCUCAGCAAGAAGACGGGCAUCUGCCCGCAGGACAUCACCACCACCCUGCACAGCCUCAACAUGCUGGAGCAGCGAGGAGACAGGCUUGUGUUGGUGCGAAGGGAAAAAGUGGUGGCCAAUCACAUGGCUCGCCUCAAGGCUCGGCCGCGGCAGCUGGAUGUUGACCCCGAGUGUCUCCGCUGGACACCGGUCAUUGUCACAAACACAGUCGUCUCAGAAACGGAUGGAGAGGAGGAAGAGGAGGACGACGAAGGACCAGACGAUGGCAUUCAUAAGGAGAUGAAACCAAGCCACAAGGUUCCAACAACACCCUGGCAGAUGCAGCAGAGAGUGGAGGAUGAAGAAACGAAGGGCUUCCUGGGGUUUCCCAUCAACCAAAGCACCCCAGCUUCCCCAUCCGCCCAUGGCCCGCCGUCUGUCCCAGACCCGGCGCACCCUCCUCUGCCGACGAACGGCGAGCGUCGGCCGCGGGGUCGUCCACCCAAAAACUGCCCCUGGGGCAAGAUAAAGAACAGCACGCGCGUCGGACGGCCACCCAAGAUCCGCCCCAUGGAAGACGAGGACGAUGAAGACGAUGAGAUUCUGGAGGAGGGCCGGACGGCUGGCUCUUCGAGCAGCCCACCGUCCCUUUUCUCCAUGGAUAGACAAGGAGACUCCUCAGCUUUUCACUCUCUGGACUUGGCGAGGCACCCUUCCAUAACCCCUACGACGCGAAGAGGGCGACCGCCGAGAAAGAAGAGGGGCCCGAAGCCUAGGCUUCCAGACGGGACCGGGGAGGGGCUGACACAGUCGGUCCUGUUCAGGUUAAACGAAGCGGCGUCCGUCAACAAGAGCUGCUUCAGCGAGAGCAGCGAUGACGAGGAGGAGGAUGAUGACGAAGAUGACGAGGAGGAGAGGGGAUGCUCCCCGCCCAUCCUCACCAAGCCAGCAAUAGGGCUCAAAUGCAAGAAGCCCCUAAAGAGGCCUCGUUUUCGUCGGAGCAGUCACCCACAGAGCAGCGUGGUGACAGAGACCAUUUCCGAGACGACGGAGGUGUUGGAUGAGCCCUUUGUAGACUCAGACUCCGAGAGGCCUAUGCCCAGACUUGUAGAGGAAACGUCCCUGGGCCACCCACUGCGUCGCUACCCCCCAGCGAGAUCUGCUCUGAGAUUGUCUGAGCCAACACCCAAGAGAGCUCGCCACUCCAACCUCUCUGAUUCAGAGGAAGAUGAUCUAACAUCUGUGCUGAGUGUAUCCGCUCUGGCAGCGAGGCCAUCAGAGUUACCUAUGGUCAACCCCGAGGUCCCUGUCAAGAAGAAGAAGGGUUGGCCAAAAGGAAAGAGCCGCAAACCGCAGUGGGCGAAAUGCGAUCCCGGGAAACCCCCCGGUGGUGGGCCUAACCAAGAAGGCGGCCAGAUCCAAAGCAGAGAUUUGCACACCCCUAAAAUCAAAAUGAAGCCUGGCCGCAAGCCGCGGGGCUGGUACCUUCAACGGGAGGAGGCUGAGAAGCAGGAGAAGGAAAGACAGCGGCUGGACAAAGACUCCCAGCUGCUCCAGGGAGAGGAUCACACUACCGCAAGUCUGCGACUCGGCGAAACUGACAAACAAAAAGACUCGGAUGAUGACGACUACUUCCCUAAGCCUACCGAACAAAAAGUGCCCAAAAGGCGAGGGAGGCCGCCAAAGAACCGUUCCAUCCACCAGCCACCGCAGCCUGCCCCCAAGCCUCCUCCCACCUCCGAGCCGGACGAAGAGGAUGAAGAAGACGACGAUGAGGACACUGAAACCGCAUGGGUGGACGACAAGCCCAGCCGUCCACCAUCCCGUCCCUUACUGUCCCCCUCGUCUUCCUCGUCUGCGUCAGGGCCACGGGCCCAACAUUCCCAACCCCACGACACAGAGGUAGCUGACGGGCAGGACGAUGACGACAACGAAGACAGGGAAGAAGAGGAAAGUGGCAGCAUGGGCAGCGGAGGCAGCAGCGUCACCAGGCGAAUGGCCGUCACACCGGGUUCCGGCAGCAGGCGGAGCGAAGAGCACGACGCGGAUGACGAAGGUGACGGGCAUUUAGAAGACAAGACCAACAGCUGCAAGCCGAGAAAAAGACAAGAUUCGGACGACGAAGAAGACGAAGAGGAUGAGGAGGACGAGGACGAGCCCACUUCUCGGCCAAACUCUCCUCCGGUCAAAGAAGAACCCCAAGGUGGCGAGGCUUUUUUAGACAUGGACAACAGCGUGGUGCCAAGCUAUGUCAGCAAGCAGGAGGAAGACGAGGAGGAGGAGGAGGCUGAGAAGGAGGUGCAGGAAGCCAAGUCUCCGCCUCCUUCCGCCGACCCCGUGCAGGAGGAGAGGCGGCGCAGGGAGCAAGAGGAGUCGGCCGCAGCGGCUGCAGCCGUGGAAACAGUCACCGCUAUGGCCGUCCCUUCUGAGAACAUGCAGCUGGAGUCGCUACACCCGGACGACAAAGACGUCACGCUGUUGAUGGAACCCCAACACGCACACUCCCACCCACACCAGCACGCCGAGUAUAAGGAGGAGCUGGGCCAACACCAUCCGCACCACCAGCAUCAGCAUUCCAACGAGCUGGACCUGGAGACGAUGCAGGCCGUGCAGUCGCUGACGCAAGGAGAGGUCCAGGAGGAAGAGGCAGAGCCGCAGCCCCACCAUGGCGCUUACCAAGACUGCGAGGAGACACUAGCUGCCUGCCGGACUCUGCAGAGUUACAGCCACACGGGGGAGAACGAAGAGGAGGGUCUGCCUUUAGUGGAGGAGUGUGGAGCUUCACAACAUAGCAGCCCACUCCCAAACCCUCCAGUGCCUCCUUUGCCCAACCAGUCUGUUCGCUCGGUCAACAGCCCAGGGAUGUCUUCAGGUGUCGUGGAGAGCACACCAGCCGGACAGAGGGGCGGUACGCCGGGCCCCGCCGGAUCCACAGGCAGCAGCACCGGCAGCGGCUACACCCAAAUCACUCCAGAACACCCGAGCUCACUGUCUGCUCCAUCCCAGCAGAACAUGGAGACUUCUCCGAUGAUGGACGUGCCGUCGGUGUCGGACCACUCGCAGCAGGUUGUGGACAGUGGCUUCAGCGACCUGGGCAGCAUCGAGAGCACGACAGAGAAUUAUGACAACCCCAGCAGCUACGACUCCACUAUGGGCGGCGGAGGGGGCAACGGAACAGGAAAUGGGGGUAAUGGAGGGGCGAUGUCGGGCGCCGUUGUGGCAGGACCCUCCGCCACAACGUCAUCUUCCUCCUCCUCCACCUCUGCCACUCCAUCGUCCUCGUCUACGCAAUCCAACAGUUGCUCCUUUGUGCAGACUCCCAGCCUCACACCCUCCACAGCCAAUGGGGGGUCCCAGUUGGGAAUGGGCAGCUGUAGCCUCAUCCAGCAAACUGGACCAGGAGCUAGUAACACCGUGCCGCAGCCUCCGCCACCCCCACCUCCUUCCAACACCCCCAGCUGCGGUAUCAAGUCCCCUCAAAGCUGCGGAGUAAUCGAGAGGCCCCCCAGCACCAACCAGCAGCAACAGCAACCUCAGUCGCAGAAAAAGGUUCCCCAGCAACCGCCGCAGCAAACCCCCAAUCCUCAAUCCCAACCUUCAGCGCCGCCACCACCACAGCAACAGGCAUUGUCCCAGUGCAGCAUGGGCAACGGUUUCGCCUCCACACCCAUGAUCAUGGAGAUCCCAGAAAGCGGAGGGGGCGGAGGAGGAGGCCGUGCCAUAUACGAGCGGAUGAGCCAGGACUUCGGCACAGGGAGCUACCCUCAGUCCACGGCCACUUUCAGCCUGGCGAAGCUCCAACAGCUCACCAACACUAUCAUGGACCCACACGCCAUGCCCUACUCGCACUCUGCCUCCGUCACGUCGUAUGCCACCAGCGUCUCCCUGUCCAACCCAGGCCUGGCCCCCUCGCCCCACGCCCUUCCUCAAGGCCAGCCCACCAUGACCUCACCGGCCAACCUCAGCUCCGGCUCCAUGAACCUGGGCUCGCUGCAGCUGCAGUGCAACAUGCCGGCCACCAACAUCAGCCUGGGUCCUCCGCAGUCGCACAGGUUGCAGGGGCAGAUGGCCACGGUCAAAGGCCACAUCUCCAUCCGCUCCAAAGCCACGCAGCAGCUGGCGCCAGCCUCGCAUCAGCAGCAGCUCUACGGCCGCAGUUCGGCCAUGCAGGGCACCACCCGGACGCUGACGGUGCAGCGCGGCAUGAUGCCCAACCUCAUGCCCACUCCGGCGCCGUACAACUCCAUGAACAUGACGCCCCUGAACGCCAUGUCGGCCGGUUACAGAAUGCCGCAGAGUAUGAUGAACAGCGGUUACCACAGCAACCCCCCCUACAUGAACCAGCCAGCGCAGUACCCCAUGCAGAUGCAGAUGGGCAUGAUGGGAGGGCAGGGUUACCCCCAGCAGCCUAUGCAGCCCAAUCACCAUAGCAACAUGAUGUACACGGGCCCUUCCCACCACAGCUAUGCUGGCGUCCCGAAACAGUCGCCGUACAUGAGCAGAUGAGCAGGGCGACGGAGAUGCGGGACCAGAGUUGACGCUCAUAAUGAUUUUAAAAUGCCCCUCGCUCCCCUCCGCCUGGUCCGGCGCCUCUGCUGGCAGCGAGGGGGGCGGGGUUAGGUUGAUCGGAGGCGGAGUGUGCUUGGAUUUCCUGUUCCUCUGCGCAGUCAUUUUUGUCCAGGUUUUUUAAUCUUUUGGGGGGCUUGGUUCUCCCUUCAGCUGGCUGUGUUCGGGGAUUCGGGACGCGUACCGCAGGGCUCUCUGACGUUCAAAGAGCCAAAAUGGGGUACAGCGUUUGAAGGGGCCCUGGAGCGGGAGGUCAAGAACGACCAAAAAAACUAAAACAAAAAAAACAACCAUGAAUGACCCAGAGAGACAAUACAGGAAUUCCUUCCUCCAACAGACUUCGAAUGAGAUUUAAAAAUGGUUAACUGAGUAUAUCCAACCAUGCACACAAUCUUUUAAUUGAUAUAGCAAGCCUUAUCUAAAAAAAAAAAGACCAUGAAAGCUUGUAGGUGGACUGUUUUGUUAAACAUAAUGUUAAAUAUUAUUUUUCUUGUCGUUUUUUUUCUGUUUGUUUUUAUUUUUUUGGAAUGCUCGUGUGCAGUCCGACCUCUUAUUUGCUUUUGUCUUUAUAUGUGUGGCAUUCCGAAACGGUGACACACACACACACACACACACACCCGCUAGGCCUCUCUGAAAAGGUCGAGCGUCUCUCCGAGGCAGCUCGGGUCAGACGACGGUUCCUCUGAAACAAUUAAAAAAUAAAAUAAAAAGCGGAAGGCUCGGGCACCUGAGGCGGCGUCCGGGCCGUUUUCCGGAGUCUCCGUCUUCCCAGAUGGACAGUGUUGUACCAAAAAACACGGCAAAGACAGAGGAGCUGAGCGUGUUACUGUCUUAUUAAUGAUAUAUCCAUAAAAAGAAACAAGUAGCAUUAUUUUCCAGUUUGCUGCCACUUGGAAACAAUUUUAGAUGUAAAUAUUCUGGUACUUCCCUUACACACGUAUAUAUGUAACAUCCACACACGCUGACUAGCCGUCGCCAAUCGGCGGCUAGCUCAGGAACGUCCAACAUUCAGCUCCUUCUUUUUGUCCACACUCCACUGACCGACGGUGUACAGCGUCAGUUCUUGUUGUUUUUAGCAGCUUGGGGGGGGGGGAAGCAGAGUUGACCUGCUCAAAGUCAAGGGUUCUUUAUUUUUAUUUUUUUAAAUUUUUAGUUAAAACUGUAGUGUUUCUUUCUGCACUCCCACUGACUAGACGUUUGGCAGCAGACAUCCAGCCUUUCUGAAAGGUGUGCCUAAAACGCCCGAUCUAGUGCUCGGGUCGGAACCUCGGACGGAGGCGCACUUAAGCUAAAGCAGGGUGAGAGACGGGUGAGCGCUCCUACUUUCCCCGUGGGGGACGGCGUUCAGAUGACAGGUGUAAACAGGUCGCUCCAUGUACCAGUAUUUAAAGUCAAAAGAGGAGGGGAUUUUUUUAUUUUUUUGUUCUCGUUUGUGUUUUUUUUUUUUUUUUCUACAUGCAUACUUUCUUUUGAGUGUAUCGCUCUGUUCUGUCCUCGUUUCUUUCGUCAUUUGGUUUCUGAAUUUUAUCAGACUGGGCAGCUUUCUUUUAUGACACAAAAGCUGACUCUUUUUGUCUUUAGAAAACGAUUGUAGAGAUUUUUUUUUUCUAUAAUAUAAAAAGGAAAUUCUGACAUUGAUAUUGGUACUGUCAUUCUUUUUGUCCCGCCACCCCCACCAACCCCCCCGUAACUUCUCUCUUCUGUUUCAGGAAACGACGACAAAAACAAACUUUUUUUUUUAGCUCGCCUCGUGGAUAAUUACUAAGAAAUUCAAAAUGUAAAAAAAAAAAAUGACCACUCACUUUUAGUGACUUUAAGAUGCCUUUAACCUCCCCAUUCCAUCUCAUCUCUAGAGUUUUUCUAUCUUUGUGUAGUAUAUUAAUGCUAUUUUAAACAAAAAGACUACAAAUAUCUAAAGGUCACUUGGCAUUCUUUUCGUUUUGUUUAUUGCUUUUCUUUUUUACUCGUGUGCGUGUGUGUGUGGGCGUGUAUGUGUGUGUGUAUAGGAUGACUUCCUUACAUUUAAGAGGCAUGUACAAAUGAGCUCGGUAUAUUUGUCUGUUUAUAUUGCUUCCCUUUUUGUAUCCUUUGUAAUUGUACAUGUCACGUUGUAUGCUAAGAGAGAGCGCAAAAUAAAGAGACGCGGCUGACAGCGGAGCACACAGUGAAGGUUGAGUCCUGCUCAGCCGCCUCAGCUCUCUACUCUGUCCCUGUAUGUAUUUCAAUUUAUUCAUUUUGUUUUUAUUAUUAUUUUUUUUUCCUUUCUUAGCAAGAACUCUGUACAUUUUAACAUAAAAUGGAAAUAAAUUAUGUUGAGCCA